AUGUCCUCCUACAGCUACUCAGUGGACAAUAACGCCUCGUCAGCAGCAUUGCGCAAGCGCAAGACCCUUAAGAAGUCCAUCAACUUCUCGAUCAUGAUCAUCGGAGAAAGUGGGUCUGGAAGAUCCACCUUGAUAAAUACCCUCUGUGGAGGCAACUCGAUUGUCCCCACGUCGCUGACCAUCAACCAAGACCCAUUCACUAAGAAAUUGACGUUGAGACACGAAAACGUGGAGUUGGAAGACAACGAGGGCCACAAGAUCUCGUUGAACAUCAUCGACACCCCCAACUUCGCCAACCUGAUCAACUGCGACGAGGACUUCAAGAUCAUCGUCGACUUCAUAAGACACCAGUACGACGAGGUGUUGUUGGAGGAGUCGCGUGUCAAGCGUAACCCCAGGUUCAAGGACGGCAGAAUCCACGUGUUGAUCUACAUGAUAAACCCUACAGGACACGGGUUAUCCGAGAUUGACGUCAAGUUCAUGCAGCACGUCAACAACUUGGUGAAUAUCAUCCCCGUGAUCGCCAAAGCAGACUCGUUGACCGCCAAGGAGUUGCAGUUGAACAAACAGUUGAUCUUGGAGGAUCUCAGCAACUACGGGAUCAACUACUACAAAUUCAACGAAUAUGAAUACGAGCAAGACUACAUUGACGAUGAGAUCAUCGAGUACAACAAGUACUUGAACUCGUUGGUUCCCUUUGCCAUUAUCGGAGCCAACGACUACCAAGAAAACCCCAACGAAGACGAAGACUUGUUGAAGUUGAGAGUUUUGAACCCCAUAAACACCAAGCCCAUCAAUGUGGAAAACCCCGAGGUCAACGACUUCACCAUCUUGAAAAACGUGUUGUUAAUCACCCACUUGAACGAGUUCAAAGAAUUGACCCACGACUUGAUCUACGAAAACUAUAGAACCGAAGCAUUGUCUGGAAAGCAAUUCCAGUACAGUGCAGGCAAGGAUGGCGAAAAGGUCGAGGUUACAAAGGGAGAUGCUCCUGACGAAGAAUCCAGUUACUUGAUGAAGGAAGAACAGAUCAAACUUGAGGAAGAGAGAUUGAGGAAGUUCGAAGAAAGAGUCCACCAGGAUUUGAUCAACAAGAGAAAGGAGUUAUUGGAGAGAGAAAACGAAUUGAAGGAGAUCGAAAAGAGAUUGCUUGCUGAAGGGUUGAAGUUGAACGAGGACGGCGAGGUGGUAAAGAUCGAGGAAUAG